UGGGAUGUAGACACUAAUCACUUCCUGUACCGAAGAUUUUGAAACUCAUUGUGGACAGCCUAGCGUGAUUUCUUCGAUUUAAAAUGCCGACAUUCAAAGUGAAUGUGAAAUGGGGCAAGGAGAAGUUCACAGAUGUUGAGUGUAAUACAGAUGAGCCCCCUCUUUUGUUCAAAAGUCAGUUGUUUGCUCUCUCUGGAGUUCAGCCUGACAGACAGAAGGUUAUGAUGAAAGGAGCUGUAUUAAAAGAUGAAGAAUGGGGGAACAUGAAGCUGAAAGAUGGUGCUACAUUGCUGAUGAUGGGCACUGCUGAUGCACUGCAGGAACCAGUAGAGAAGACUGUGUUUAUGGAGGACAUGAAUGAAGAACAGCUUGCUACAGCUAUGGAGCUACCAGCAGGGUUGAACAACCUGGGAAAUACCUGUUAUAUGAAUGCCACAGUGCAGUGUCUGAAGGCAGUGCCAGAGCUCAGAGAAGCUAUUAACAAAGUUGUUGGUCAUCCCAAUGUUGGAGCUGGUGUAUUCAAUCCAUCAUAUGCUGUUACAACAGCUCUGAGGGAUCUGUAUGCCUCCAUGGACAAGUCUAAUACAGUUCCUCCCCUUAUACUGCUGAGCAUACUGCAGAUGGUGUUCCCCCAGUUUGCUGAGAAAGAAAGUGAACAUGGGAAUUGGGCUCAGCAGGAUGCCAAUGAAUGUUGGACACUGAUAGUGAGAUGUCUGCAGCAAAAACUGACAGCCCUGGAAGACACUGCACCAGUUGAUGGUUCCACCCCAGCACCCACCAGGGGGUUCAUUGACCAGUUUAUGGGAGUAGAGAUGACUUCAACAAUGAAAUGUGUCGAGGCUCCAGAAGAGCCACCAACUAUAAUGAAAGAGAAUCUACUGCAACUGAGUUGCUUUAUAGAAAAAGAUGUUAAAUAUUUGCAAACUGGUUUGAAAUCAAGACUUGAAGAACAUAUAACAAAAAAUUCCCCCACACUAGGUAGAGAUGCACAGUAUGAAAAAACAAGUAAAAUUAGUCGUCUACCAGCUUAUUUAACAAUCCAGUUUGUUAGAUUCUUUUACAAGGAAAAGGAGGCUGUCAAUGCUAAAAUUCUGAAAGAUGUGAAAUUCACAGAAAUUUUGGACCUUUUUGACCUGUGUACUGAAGAACUGCAGCAAAAGCUGGUCCCAAUGAGGACAAAGUUUAAGGAAGAGGAAGAUAAAAAUGUGGAGAGAGCAAAUUUGUCCAAGGCCAAGAAAGGUGUCAAAAAUGCCCCUGCUGUUCCUGAAAAGAAAACAAGAAAGGAGCCAUUUUCAUUUCCGGAUGAUACUGGUUCCAACAACAGUGGUUACUACAAGCUGAGGGCAGUGUUAACCCACCGUGGCAGGUCAAGUUCCAGUGGACAUUAUGUGUCCUGGGUCAGGAGGAAAGACACCGAUGAAUGGCUCAUGUUUGAUGAUGACAAAGUUAGUGUGGUAGAAUCUGAAGACAUCUUGAGACUCUCUGGAGGAGGUGACUGGCAUUGUGCGUACUUCCUUGUAUAUGGUCCCAGGGUGUUGGAAAUUGAGGAGGAAGAGGUUGAGGAGGGGGCAGGUGAAGGACAGGCAAAACCAAUGGAAACCAGCAGCUAAACUGGAUAGUGAUCUGACAGAAAUGAUUUAAGACCUUUAACAGCUACAGCCAAAAUAGUAAAUUGGUUUAAUGUUUUGUUCAUGUGAUUUUUCUAUGCAGUGUGUUGCAUACAGUCUUGCUGCUGGUUUUACCUAAACCACUAAAACAUCAGUCUGCAAGUCGCACCUUGAAAUAUGUGCUGAAUGUAGCUUUUAAAUAUUUGACUGGGAACUGAGAUUUAAAGUGCCAGUAUGACAGUGAUGAAGUCAUCGUGUUAAAGUUGGACCUUUAUCUGACAAGACCAUUUUCGACAUUACAUUUCGGGCAUUAGAUUGAAGAUCAAAUUGCUUGAACACUGGAUUCCUAAAAAAAGCUAAACUUUACAUUUACUAAUUUGAUGACAAAGAGAAAUGCUGUUGACAAAUUCACAAAAUUAAAUUUUGUAAAUAAAUAUAUUUAUUUGGCCAUAUGUGUCAGUUUUAUUUUUUUCACAUAUUGUUAAUCUUUUCAUGUUCAAAAUGCCCUAUGACAAUAUGGUUAUUUGACACCAAUAGUAUUUUUACCAAAUCUUGCACAGGGACAGACUUGACUGCAGCUUAAAAAAUAAAGGUUGACAAAUCUGAUUAAACCUAGAAUUACCUUAAAGAACAUAAAAUAAGACUUCACUCUGCUCUGUUGUUUGCAUUGGGCCUAAGUGCUUGAAAUGAUUAUUUUGCUACUUUCAUUUUGUUCAAGAAUGUAGGUUGCAGCUUGACCCCUUAACAAUUCCUGAUACAUGUUAAAACUGGGUACAAUUUUAAUUUUGAUGGAUAGAGGUUUUCAGAUAAAUAAAUAGAUGAAUGAAAAUAACUGUUGCUUAAACAUCAAUAUCUGUAAGGAUUAUCACUUAUAAAAGCUCCCAUAUAAUUCAGUGAGAUAAAAAAAUUAUUAGCAGACAUUUAGGUGUCACUACAGUCUGGCACCAUAUAAUAAACAUCAGACCGCAAAAAAACUAGAUAUUCUUGUUUUACCAUAAAGUGAUCCAUAGCUCACAUUAAUAUACACAUCAUACUGAUAGAUCUAUGAUGAUAUUCCUC